AUGCAAGAAUUAAAUGCACGAUUAGGUUCUUUGUAUAAUAACCUCUCGUCCCUAAGCAAACGGAAAUCAUUUAAGUAUGGUUUGCCCUUCAUUUUGUUUAUUGUUGGAGGAUCAUUCGGUUUGCGAGAAUGGACACAAAUCAGAUACCAAUUUUCUAAGGUAAAAGGUGUGAGUAAAGAAGAGGCAGCAAAAAUGGGACUUAACAAAGAUAAGAAUGUCACUUUGGAACAAACAUAUGAUGAAAUACAAAAACUUGACAUAGACAACUGGGAAAAUAAGAGAGGGCCUCGCCCUUGGGAAGCCGUAGAAGAAAAAAAGAAGUGA